GGAUUUAAAAGAGGCCUGGGCGGGCGGAGGGAGGCUGUGGAGAGAGCCCAGAGCCGAGCGCACAGCGCAGCGCUCUGCCACAGCCCCGAAGCUCCCACCGACGGGCGCAGCGGGAGUGAGCGGAGCCGGGAGGCGCGCUCCGGGCAGAAAGAGCCAAGCAAGGCGUACGGACGCGCGGGCGCCCUCCCCGAAAACCUGCUCGCGCCGCGCCUCUCGGCCAGCAUGAGGCUCCUGACCGCCGCGCUGCUCCUGCUGCUCCUGGCGCUGUGCGCCGCGCGCGUGGACGGGUCCAAAUGCAAGUGCUCCCGAAAGGGACCCAAGAUCCGCUACAGCGACGUGAAGAAGCUGGAAAUGAAGCCAAAGUACCCGCACUGCGAGGAGAAGAUGGUUAUCAUCACCACCAAGAGCAUGUCCAGGUACCGGGGUCAGGAGCACUGCCUGCACCCCAAGCUGCAGAGCACCAAGCGGUUCAUCAAAUGGUACAACGCCUGGAAUGAGAAGCGCAGGGUCUACGAAGAAUAGGGUGAAAAAUCCCUGAUGGGAAAACUUCACACCAGUUGGGAACAAGCAAAGGACUUUGCAGAUUCAAAAAACAAACCCUUUCUUUCUCACAGGCAUAAGACACAAAUUAAAUAUUGUUACAAAGCACUUUUUACCGAGGGUCAGUUUUUACAUUUUAUAGCUGUGUGCAAAAGGCUUCCAGAUGUGAGAUCCUUCUUUCGUGCUCCAGAUUUCAUCACAAGCCGCCUUUUACUGAAAAGUGGGGAAACUCAUGCCUUUCCUUUGUAUUAAAAAAAAAAAAUCCUUUUUUUUUUUGUAUUUGUCCAGACAUCACUGUACAUCUGAGCUUUAUAAGCGCCUGGGAGGAACAGGGAACUUGGUUGAGACAUUUCAUAACAGCAUCGCUCCCUUCCUAGUGCAGGAAGCUUCCGCUCAGAAGUCCUGGCGCCUCGGCACAGCGGCCACGAGCUCUCCUGGGCUCACGGCUGGUCACAGCCUUGGGGGGACUCGGCAGCGGCCCCAGUCACAGGGCAAGCCAGAGCGGAUUUCUCUGCAUCUGCUCUUUGACAAACUCGAGUUUGGCUGUCAGAGAAAUAUGCUUCAUCCCUGUGGUUAAUUUUUACACAUCCUUGGAAACAUUUCCAAGAUCCUCGGAUGGUGAAGCAGAUAGAUGGUCCUUAAGGAAGGGGUUGGGUCUUCUCUCCAACAUGAGCAUUUGUGAAAAAUUCACCACUUCAAUCUUUAAUGUUUUGAAAGCCCCUGAAAAUCUUAGGGGAAAAUCAGUGAAAAUCUUAGAAGAAAACUUAAAUUUAUACAAAUACACACACAAUAUACAACUACAGACACACAUGCUGUUGACGAGUCAGAGCCUUCAAAGCCUGUUUCUUUCCCUCUCGACAAUGGAACAUGCAAUACUAAAGCAAUCUCUCUGUGAUUCCCCAUGUAACCCUUCAGUGUUAAACAGUGCAGUCUUCUUCGGGUGCAGUCCUCUUUGAGAUGACCACAGGCCCUUCCCUUUGUAAAUAUACUCUUAGGAAGGCCAGCCCUACAUGGGCCCCUUCAGUAUACGCCGCAUUGCUCUAUGGUGUCAUAUGCUAUAUAAAUGUCAGGAACCAUUAGCAUUGCAUGCAGGUUUGAUAUUCUUUCUAAGACAAAAAGAAAAGUAAUAAAAUAUAUUUGAAAUGUACCAAAA